AUGAAAAUCAAAAUCAAAUUCAAAUCAAUAAAAACCAAAAAAUCAACCAAUUCAAAAUCACAAUCAAGAACAAUUUACAACACUCAAUUGAAACAAAAAAUGGCCGGUCUAAGUUUCGACAACUAUCAAAGAAACCAAUUCCUUUCGGCUAAGGGGUAUGGGGCUCCUACUGCUACUUCCACAGGUACAACCAUUGUCGGUGUCAAGUUUGACGGUGGCGUUGUGGUGACCACUGCUGGUGAUAUCGUUGCUGAUAAGAAUUGUGAGAAAUUACAUCGUUUAGCUCCAAAGAUUUGGUGUGCAGGUGCUGGUACAGCUGCUGAUACUGAAAUGGUUACUCAAUUAAUUGCAAGUAAUUUAGAAUUACAUUCCCUAAGUACAGGUCGUGAACCAAGAGUUGUUACAUCAUUAACUCAAUUAAAACAACAUCUUUUCAAAUAUCAAGGUCAUAUUGGUGCUUAUUUAAUUGUUGCUGGUGUAGAUCCAACUGGUGCUCAUUUAUUUUCAGUUCAAGCUCAUGGUUCUACAGAUGUUGGUUAUUAUCAAUCUUUAGGUUCAGGUUCUUUAGCUGCAAUGGCUGUAUUGGAAAGUAAAUGGCAUAUAGAUGUUACAAAAGAUGAAGCUAUAAAAUUAGCUGCUGAUGCAAUUGAAGCUGGUAUUUGGAAUGAUUUAGGUUCAGGUUCAAAUGUUGAUGUUUGUGUUAUGGAAGUUGGUAAAGAUGCUCAAUUAUUAAGAAAUUACUUAACUCCAAAUGUUAGAGCUCAAAAGGAAAGAAGUUAUAAAUUCCCAAGAGGUACUACUGCUAUAUUAAAAGAAUCUAUAUAUGAUUUAGUAGAUGUUUCUGAAAAAUUAGUUGUUGGAGGUGGUGAUGAAAUGGAAGUUGAUGCUUAA